AUGAAGUACUAUGCAGUGAGAAACGGACGGGCCUCCGGGGUGUACAACACCUGGUCCGACUGCGAGAGCCAGGUCAAGGGCUUCGCCGGGAACCAGUACAAGUCUUUUGCCUCAAGGGAGGCAGCAGAGGCGUACGUGAAGGGUGGGGCGGUCUCCAGCGGGAGAACUGCAGGACCUGUCCGUGGCAGGGUCUCCGGGAACACGAGGCCGAGCGGGUCUCUGCCGUCCCGCUCCUCUUCGUCUCGCCACUCCACCUCCUACCACCCGUACCCGAAGCCGCCAUCAUGUACACACAUCAAGCCUUCACUCCCGGUUGCGUAUGUGCCCCCUCCCCCGCCAACUGCUCUGGAAAGAGUCGAAGUGUACACGGACGGCGCCUCCAAAAACAACCAGGCCCGGAAGCAGGGCCUGUCGAAGGCAGGCCUAGGCGUCUACUACGGCCCGAACGACAGCAGGAACUUCAGCGGCCGUGUUACUGGCGAACAAACUAACUCGAGAGGCGAGCUGGAGGCCAUCCAACACGCGUUGCAAAACUCCGCCAGGGAGGCCAAACACGGGAACCCUCAGCUCACCGUCAUUCACACGGACUCACAAUACUCGAUGGACUCCAUCCAGAAGUGGUCCAAGAAGUGGGAGACCAACGGCUACAAGACGAGCUCGGGCGCCGACGUAGCCAACCAGGACCUCAUUAAAAGCUGUCGGAGGUUAGUGAAUGAGAUUGAGGCAAACUCGGGCUCCGUCGAGUUCGUCAAGGUUAAGGGCCAUUCGGGUAACCAUGGAAAUGACAUGGCAGACAGACUAGCAGUGGAGGGUUGCACCAAAUAG